GAAAAACUCCUUUUACAAACUAUAAACGAUCUUUGAUAGCAUCAGGGACAGGCCCUAUUUUUCAGAGUGAACCCAAUAACUCAUCUGAACAAUGUCUGAAAACAAAUUCCACGGUGUAUUUCCAGCUGUGGUGUUCAAGAACCUCGACUAUGUUUUCGAGACAUCCACCAGCUUUAAAGUCAUGACUGACCUUUUGGCUCUGCCUGCACCUUAUCUGACUGGGACCAGUGACCAGUACGCCCACAGCGGAUACCUGCCUGACUACAUGUACAGGACCCCAUGGAGCAUAGGAAAUGUAGUAUCAUCGUCCAAACUCUUUCUUAAUUAUUCUGUGCUCGAUGACCUGAGAAAGAAGAACAGACAAACUAUCAACAUCCCAGAAAGAUAUAAUGGCUGUAUGAACCAUUUGCAAGAAGAAAAUGAAGUUAUACCGAGCUCUAUUCCUGACUCUCUUAAUGAGCUGGACAUCAGUGAGGCUCAAAAUAUUUUGACAGAAUCAACAGACCCAUUUCAGGAAAUGUUUUCAAAGAUGCAAAUAGACCAGAUAAACCUGCAAAAUGAAAAGCAAGACCUCUACUUACCAGAAGAAAUAAUGGAAAUGGACCACCUUAAACAGUUUAAGAGGCAUUUGCCUUCGCUCAAAAUCAAACUGUCGAGGCUAAGAAUACUUCCAGUGGAGGACCCCCUGUCUAGCUUAAUACAUGAUAACAUCUCUGAAGACAUGAUUCAUGGACGCUGUGAACCUUAUGAAAUACUGCCUCAAUCGUUCACUAGAGACAGCUUAUCUUCUACAAUCAAUCUUGAGGAAUUUUCAAAAGUCCAAUUAAAUGAUGAGAAGCUGGUAUUACCAAAUAUAGUGGAGACUUGUGCUUUUGAGAGGGAAGAUUGCGCUGGAUUGUCAAAAAUCUAUGAUCUUUUGAUGAUAAAACCGGAAGAAAUGAAUGAGCAACUUUCAGUCAAUGAAAUUAUUCAGAGGGCAAAUCAAAAUAUUUCUCAAGUGGAAAUAUAUGAGGAGCAAACAACAGAGAUUUCAGUGGAAGGAAUUGCAGAUGCAGAGCCUACAGAACAAAUGAAAACGGCAGCUGAUAUGGAAGUUGACUUGACUUUAAGCCCUUUACGCAAAGACUGCACCAAUAUCUGUCUGUCCACCUCUACACUUUCAAAGGAACCUCUUUCACCACAAGGAAAGAUAUCUUAUGGGUCGUUGAGAGACCAGAGGGAACUUGAAAUGGCUUUGUGGACAGCAGAAAAGCACCCCACAUUUGUGGUCAGCUUUAUGUUGACAGAGCCGCAAAUGUAUGAGACGCCAGUUGAUUUUCAUCCUUUACCACAAGCAUUGGGGAUUUUAAAGUCUGAAAAACAAAAAACUUUUAGUGAUGAGUCAACACUAGAAACUGAAGUGCUAUCGACACGUUUUUGCAGCUCUUGUGAUUUUACUGAGAGCAUCCAAUCCAAUAUUCCUCCCUCAAAGACAGAUGUGGAAAAGUUCCAAAAGAUUUCUCCUGAACAAGACUUUAUGUAUUUUACAGGUUCCAUCCCUAGCAUUCCAACACCCAGAUCCUUGGAUCCUGAAGAACCAACCUUAGAUCCUGUGUCACAAAAGAGUAAAGCACAGAAAAAUGAGCCUUUGAUCUACUGUCAUCUGCAAAAAGAAAAUGUGAACUCUGGCCCUGAUAAAGCUUCAAAUCAAAAUGGCAUUUGUCUGAAGACAAAAGAAAAAGGUCAGUCACAGCCAAUUAAGCAGACUGUGCCAUUAAGAAGAGACAGUCCUGAAAGUGUUUUGGAGGAUCCUCCCUGCAAAGACCUGGACUCUCUCUCCACCUUCAUCUUGCUCCGAUCUCAGCAAGCCCCACCAGUCACUGUCAAUCCACAGCCCAGUGCAGAUGUGACCAGGCAGGUUUUUCACAGUGAGCCACGAACUACUGACCAGUGUCAAAGGAUGGAAAGACUGUAUUUGAAAGCAGUUGUAUCAAGAAAUGCCUCUCGAGAUCAGAGCGAAGUAGUCACCAAAUGUAUGUCUCCACUGACCAUUCACUCCAAUGAAUCGUCCACUCAACUGCAAAGACAACGCAGUGUAGAGGUACAAGUCCAAGCAACUGAGAGCCAGUGCCUUGCCUACUGUGAGGUGUUGUCCUUUGCUCUGCCUUAUAUGAACUUUGCUCAUAAACUGGGUCUCGACCAGAAGGUUUGGGGAGACUUCAUAUGUCUCACAAUGGACCAAACACACUUCCUGGUUAAACAGCAGGAGAAAGCUCUCAGUAGGAACAAUACACACAAUGCUGACCUGAUUAGAGAUCAGGAACAGCUUUUCAACCAGGUGACUUUGAUUCAUGUGUUGGUGACAUUUAAGGAGCUGCUAUUGAAGUGUGGCCUCAGCUGUGGUCUAGAGUUUUUGAAAAAGAAAAAUAUGAGUGGUGAGAAGAGGUUCAGAGAGUUACUGAAAAGGCUGCAGAUCAUACUUUUCCUCAGUCACAAGAAACAGGAGUCUAAUCCCAAACUACUGGAAUUAAAGGGGCUACUGGGAACAUGGUUCAACAACAGAAAAGACAGUAAUAUGGCUAACAAAAUACUUGUCUUAAUUACAAACUUGGACAAUACAAGAUCCAUUGUACUUGGUUGUCUUCAUCAGCUGAUUGGUGCAGCUGCUGUUGCUGACCUUCAUCUCGAGAAAGAUAAGGUGAAGCUGAACGGUGCCAGUGUUGUCAGCAGUAUUUUUAGCAGUGAGUGUGCACUUGUGUGUGAGGACCAUAUAGGGCCAGACUUCCCCUGGCAACACUUCUUUGGGCUGGUGGAGUAUGACCACCCUGGACCCUCCCCAUGGGCCACAGUUUGCAGAGAGCGGGGUCUCACCCAUGUCAGUUUCAGCACUGUUAUUCCAGGCAAUGAGCUUUCUCUGCAGCGAUUGGAGGACAGUGUGCCUCAUGUGCUAUUUGUGACAGAGGGUCUUCUGAAGUGUCCCACGCUGCUGCAGACACUGGAGUCCAUGUUUAACAUUACAGUCUUGGAGAGAAAUCACACCAUGACUUUGCAGAUGUUGGGAGGGACUCACCAGUAUGUUGUGAUCACUGUGGAUGAGAGAACCGCUGUUAUUGUUCAGAAGCAGGAGGAGUUGUGUCAGGAGAGCUCCAGUGAAGAACUGGUAAAGAGGCUAAGUGCGCUCUCUCUGCAGUACAGCUGCUGCUGGCUCAUUCUGCACUGCCCAGACAGUCGAGGAGGAGGGCUUUCAAGUGAAGCUUUUAACAACCUGGUCCUUGUAUAUUCAUCCUUGGUGAUUUUCAGCAUGAAAUCAGAAGAUCUUGUUGUAAAGGUGCUGAUGGUGUCGUAUGUACUGGAAAUUGCCAGGUGGAUCAGUCAGAUCUGUUUCCACAGUUUGAUGAGCAGUGAGAGGGACCCAGCUGCUUACCUGGACAGAGACUGGUUAACUGCCAUACAGUCUAAUGAGGAAAAAUGUUUGUUGCAUUUCCCAUGCAUUAAUCCUUUGGUGAGUCAGUUGAUGCUGAGGAGAGCCCCCAGCCUCCAGUGGCUUCUCACUGCUUCUCUGUCUGAGCUGAAAGAAAUGCUCCCAGAAGUGCCACAUAAAGUGCUGAAGCUCUUCAGUGACACCACUUCUCUGUACACUCAUACAUCAAACUUGAGUAAAUGUGAGAGUCCAGCAGUGAUUGCAAAAAGUGUCCCCAUGAACUAUGCACACACCAGCACUUGGAUUGGCAGCGGGGAUCAUCGACAUUUGAAUUUGAGCCCAGUCCCAGAUCUUGGAGUUCAGGACAAUUUCUGUAACACAGUGUCCACUGAAGAGCAGGUGCCUGACAUGAAAUUUGAGUUGACCUCUUCAUUUUUAGAGCCAGGCAUUUACAAGCAGAGGAGUUGGACCAAAGCUUCAGACUUGAGGGGCAGUUCUGGGGCUAUAGGCAAAAUGGUUGGAAGGGCAGAUUUAAGGUUGACCCAACAAAACUUGUGCAUAACAACCCAUCAAAUGAAGUAUAACAGUCCCUUUAAGACAGGAUCAGAAUUUAGCUACAACAGUGAGGUCCAGCUGUCUCAUGGUCUGACACCCCCUUGUGAUGAGUUCGCAGACUGGGGUCCAGGACUCAGCUCAAACUUCACUUUUCAAAGUGGAGAAGGAUUAACGAGAGCCUCUGCUCCUUAUGGCUCCAAAUCCUUUGUGGGAAAAGAGCUGAAGAGGGCUGGUGAUGCUGAAACUCUGCUCGGCACAGGUUUGACACCAUUGAAAAAGAGCAGGUUAAGCUAUGAGAAAGUCCCUGGGAGAAGUGACGGACAGACGAGACUCAAAUUAUUCUGAACAGAUUAUUCACACAGACCUAUGGCUGUGAAAGAGAAGAACCACAUGUACAGAAGGUUUGAGUGGACCAAAAUGAGACUAAACUAUACUUUUUAAGUAUUGAUACAAAUUAUUCACUUAUCAAAUGUUAUCUUUUAAUUUGUUUUUAAUCAAUAAUUUGGUUCUCUUAAAAGGAUGUU